GACUCACUCUUCUAUCAAACAGAGGCACUCUCAUUCAGUCUUUGGGUGUCUGCGGUGGGUGCAGGGGAGGGCAGCGCGCUGCCUAUCAGAGGAGGCUCCCCUAAUCAAAGUGUUCUCCACUGGAGGGCGAGUGUUACAAGAACACCGGGACGCUCCGGCAGGCUGGAGAGACUGCUGGGAUAGAGCAGCAGCUGGAGGGGGAGAGAAAGAAAGAAAGAAAUCCCCAGCAGGACUCCGCCAAACAUUAUCUCCGACGGAUUAAAACCGCUCUCUGCCUCCCAAAUCACGCUGAGACAUGAACCUCUUCCGCUGAAGAUUAUUGAUGCUGAACUGAGUGGACCGGUGCUCUCUUCCAGUGUUUCCCCUCCCCUCAGUGUUCUGACCCACUGUCUGUCACCCGGGUUGUGAGCAGCCAUGACGAAGUCGUAUGAGUUCAACUGGCAGAAGCACCUGCCUGAGUUCAUGCAAGAAGGCGCUUCCUUCGACAGGUUUGAUGAGGACCCAUACAUCUUUGAGCCCAACUGUCAGAUGAAAGUGGACGAAUAUGGCUUCUUUAUUACAUGGAAGAGUGAGGGAAAGGAGGGCCAGGUUCUUGAGUGUUCUCUUAUCAACAGUAUCCGUGUCGGUGCAGUCCCCAAGGACCCAAAGAUCUUGUCCUCAUUCGAGGCCAUUGGAAAGACAGAGGCAGACUUGGAGGGAUGCAUCAUCUGUAUUUGCAGUGGCACUGACCUGGUGAACCUCAGCUUCAUGUUCAUGGUGGCAGAGAGCCCCGACACAGCCAGGAAAUGGAUUGAGGGGUUGCGGUCGGUGAUCCACAACUUUAAGGCCAACAACGUGUGUCCAAUGACAUGCCUCAAGAAACAUUGGAUGAGGAUGUGUUUCCUGACCAACGUAAAUGGAAAGAUUCCUGUUAGAGGCAUUACGAGAACAUUUGCAUCAGGGAAGACCGAGAAGGGGAUCUUUCAGGCUCUGAAGGAUCUAGGUCUUCCCAGUGGAAAGAAUGAUGAGAUUGAACCCACAGACUUCACCUUUGACAUUUUCUACGCACUGACCCAGAAGAUCUGCCCUCGCACAGAUAUAGAGGAGCUCUUCAAGAAAAUCAAUGGAAACAAAACAGAUUAUUUAACUGUAGACCAGUUAGUCAGCUUUCUGAAUGAAAACCAACGGGACCCAAGGUUAAAUGAGAUUCUUUUUCCGUUCUAUGACCCAAAAAGAGCCAUGCAGAUUAUCGAUAAAUAUGAAAGGGAUGAUGAGCUGAAGAAAAAAGGCCACAUGUCAAGUGACGGGUUCUGUCGGUACCUAAUGUCAGAUGAAAAUGCUCCAGUGUUCCUGGACAGGCUAGAGCUGUACCAAGACAUGGAUCAGCCUUUGGCUCAUUACUUUAUCAGCUCCUCCCACAAUACAUACCUGACAGGAAGACAGUUUGGAGGGAAGUCAUCGGUGGAGAUGUACCGCCAGGUCCUCCUGUCUGGAUGCAGAUGUGUGGAGCUGGACUGCUGGGAUGGCAAAGGGGAGGACCAGGAACCCAUCAUUACUCAUGGCAAGGCCAUGUGCACAGACAUCCUGUUCAAGGAUGUCAUCCAAGCGAUCAGGGAUACAGCGUUUGUCACAUCAGAUUAUCCUGUUAUUUUGUCUUUUGAAAAUCAUUGCAGUAAAUUACAGCAAUAUAAGAUGGCCAAGUACUGUGAGGAGACCUUUGGCGACCUCCUCCUCAGACAGCCUCUGGAGAACUACCCGAAUUGUGCAAUCUCUCUCUGUCUGACUUGUUUUAAGAUGGAUCCUGGACACCCCUUACCCUCUCCAAAUGACCUGAAGAGAAAAAUCCUCAUCAAGAAUAAACGUUUAAAACCCGAAGUUGAGCAGAGGCAGCUUGAGGCUUUAAAAAAGCACAUGGAGGCAGGCGAGACCAACACUCCUGCCAUCAUAAUGGGAGAGGAGGUUGAGGACGAUACAGAGAACGGGGAAAAAGAUGCUGAGGAGAAGGAUCUGAAUUCAGAGGCUCCCAGCAGUCUGACAGAAGCCACCAGUGACAAAGAGGCAAACAGUGUUUCCCAGAGUAACACCAUCAGGUCGAGGAAGGAGGAAGAGCGCAGCAACAGCAUCAAAAAGGUACCUGACGAUGAGGUAACAGAGAUUUCUGAAGCAACAGACGCCACCGAUAUCUCUGAGGCAUCUGACCAAGACAAUAACAAGAAGGGUGGAGAAGUGGCAGAGGACUCUGAAGAGGCUCUAAUAGCUCAAUAUAAAUAUGAGUCAGCCACCACAAAUAUCCACCCCUAUCUCUCAGCUAUGGUCAACUAUGCACAGCCGGUUAAGUUUCAGGGUUUCGAUGUGGCAGAAGAGAGAAAUAUUCACCACAACAUGUCCUCUUUCAAUGAGUCAGUGGGCUUGGGCUAUCUGAAGACUAACGCCAUCGAGUUCGUCAACUACAACAAGCGUCAGAUGAGCCGUAUCUACCCCAAAGGAGGCAGGGUGGACUCCAGUAAUUACAUGCCUCAGAUCUUCUGGAACGCAGGCUGCCAGAUGGUCUCCCUCAACUUCCAGACCCCAGAUCUGGCCAUGCAGUUGAACCAAGGAAAGUUUGAAUAUAACGGCUGCUGCGGGUACCUGCUGAAGCCUGACUUCAUGCGCCGGUCUGACAGGACGUUUGACCCUUUCUCAGAAACGCCGGUGGAUGGCGUCAUUGCAGCAACCUGCAGCGUCCAGGUGUUUUCUGGACAGUUUUUGUCAGACAAAAAAAUCGGCACAUAUGUUGAAGUUGACAUGUAUGGUUUGCCAACGGAUACCAUCCGGAAAGAGUUCCGCACACGCAUGGUGAUGAACAACGGACUAAAUCCAGCCUACAAUGAAGAGCCCUUUGUUUUUAGGAAGGUAAUCUUACCAGAUCUGGCAGUGCUACGCAUCGCCGUCUAUGAUGACAACAAUAAGCUGAUUGGGCAGCGCAUCCUGCCUCUUGACGGCCUGCAGGCGGGCUACCGCCACAUCUCCUUGAGGAACGAAGGCAACAACCCUCUGUCGUUGCCGACCAUCUUCUGCCAAAUCAUCCUGAAGACAUACGUGCCCGACGGCUUCGGAGCAAUUGUGGAUGCUCUAUCAGAUCCAAAGAAGUUUCUGACCAUAGCGGAGAAGAGAGCUGACCAGAUGAAGGCCCUGGGGAUUGACACGAAUGACAUAGCAGAUGUUCCCAAUGGAAGCUCAAAGAAUGACAAGAAGGGAAAAGGAAAAGGAGACACAGGGAAGGCCAGCGUGGUCCAACAAGCCAGCUCAGAUAUGGCCCAGACCUCCAACUCUACCCAAAACAACACCAAUGAGAACAAGAAGGAUGCUGCACUUGUGCCAAAUGUCAGCAUCGAGGACUUAAAGCAAAUGAAGAGUUACCUGAAGCUGAUUAAAAAGCAGCAGAAGGAGCUCAACGCUUUAAAGAAGAAACACUCAAAGGAUCAAAACUCAAUGCAGAAAGCCCAUUGCACUCAGGUGGAUAAGAUGGUGUCCGUUCAUGAGAAGGAAAAGGCUAAUCUGGAGAAACUGUUAGAGAAAGCCAUCAAGAAACGAGGGGAGAAUAACUGCCAGGAGCUGAAGAAGGAGACAGAAGAUAAGAUCCAAACUCUCAGCACAGAUCAUAAAGCAAAGGUUAAAGACAUCACUGCGCAGCACACUAAGGAGUGGUCAGAGCUGAUCAGUAGUCACAGCAGCGAGGAGCAGCUGAUGAAGGAUGUUCAUGUUACACAGCAGUGUGAGCACCUGAAGAAGCUCCUCUCUACUUUCCAAGAGCAGCAGACCAUGCAGCUCAAGCUCAUUCAUGAAAGGCAAAGCAAAGAGAUGCGAGCCAACCAGGCCAAGAUGUCAAUGGAAAACAGUAAAGCCAUCAGCCAAGACAAGAGUAUCAAAAACAAAGCAGAGCGAGAGAGGAGGGUGAGGGAGCUAAACAGCAGCAACACCAAGAAGUUUUUGGACGAGAGGAAGAGGCUGGCCAUGAAGCAUCAGAAGGAGAUGGAGCAGCUGGAGAAAAAUCAGAGGGAGCAGCUGGAUAAGCUGGAAAGGCAUAACGAGCAGCUUUUGAAAUCACAUCAUGCAAACAAACAGAUUCAAGGCCAGAGACAUACAGCAGAUGGUGAAGCUGGAGGAGGAGAUGGACCGCAGGCCUGCCACGGUGGUCUGAGCGCCUGAUCGAGUCACAGGCCCCACACAUGUACAUUGAAACACACUCAUACACUCUCACGCAGAGGUGCAGAAACACUCCCCCUGCAGGACAUCCUCUACAGUGCAAAAGAACAACAUCCUCCUGAAAAAAAGAAGUCCAGUCCUCACUCUCAAACAUGGAAGCUUUAUCCUCUGUUCGCUCCCGCCACGCCUCGUGUCUUCUGCACCUUUAUCCCGCCAAUCAACUUUGUACCACUGAGCCACUGCUGCUUAUCGCUGUACCACUGGGCGUAACCACUGUCCUCCAGAUGGGAAAUGUUACCUCGCAGAUAAAGCAACACAGAAACAGACACACCCCUUCCUCCUCCACUGUGCGUACAUCUCAGUCAUUGACUUCACUCUGUUUUACACACAAUAAAAGCUUCAGCCGUCGGUAGAAUAAAGCACAUGCAUGCAUCACGGUUCACACACAGCAGAUAUCUAAUUUUCUUUGUCUUUUUUUUUUUUAAUUAGCACCCAAUAAUCUCACGAAUACAGUAUGUAAAAAAGGGGAGAAGAGUUGUUAGACUUUAUGUUAUUUCAGCACAAAUGAUUACACUUUGUGGAAUAAAGUGUACACACUCCACCAGUCCUGUCCGAAGCACUUUUUACACCAUAGGUUGUUCAAUGUGGGAAAUGUAGCUGUGCACUACUGUUUGAUUCUCUGUUUUUCAGUAAGAAUGUAUUUAAAGAAACAACUACUACUACUAAAAAUAUAAGUCCUAGAGAGAGGGGCUAUUCCCUCACCAAUACUGAUCUCUUGUUAAGAUGGACACCUGCAAAGGGAUGAUGGGUAAUUUUACACACAUUAACUUAGAUAGAUCUGAUUUGCUAUUUGAUACAGAAAGUCAAAUAGACUUUCACCUAAAAAUUUGAUCUAACAGGCUUCAUUUAUCAGAUUCCCUUCGAAUGCAUCGUUCUCUCUCGUCAUACUCAAUAAAUGAUGUCAUUAAAAACUUCCGUUUAAAUAGAUAAAUCAGUCAAACAUAUAGGUUAAUUACACAGAAGUGAACCCCACGUUUGUUAAUUAAGAAGAUUUUCCACCAACAGCAAAUGGAAACGACUUUACGGAUGAAUAUCUGACAUCAAAUUAAUGAAAAUUUUUUUUUGAUACAGAAAUGUGGGCUUAAUGAAAAGUUUAAUACCUUCAUUAAGGAACUUUGAAUUUGGCAAACAGUCUUCAUUGAAGCACGUAUUCUAAUUUAUUAUGACUGUAGAUGUCAUUUUAAGCCACAGGAUCACAAAUUUCUAUGCAAAAGUAACCCCAUCCUUCCCUUAAAGAUCUAAACAGCUGUUGCAGUGUGUGACAGUAACCCAAACGUGGGGAAAACAGAGUAGGAGGUGGUUAUGUAUUUGCUCUUACAUGACCAGAGGCAAUAAAAUCUACCAAUUCAUAAUGGUGAAUUUAUUUUUUACUUCCUCCAUUAGACUGCACUUUAGCCACCUUAUCCUUUAAAAGCUAGUGUUUACUGCUUCCUUAUACUGUGCUGAUUAGAGGUUUACAAGCACAUCAUUGGCAUAAAUGUUUAUCAUUUUGGUACAGUUACUGGCAUUUUAAUUGGUUCUAAUUUCCAAUUUAGAUGAGUUCUACAAAUGUACGGGUACAUUGCGAAAAAGUGGAAUAUCUUCAAAAAGUUCAAUAUUUAUUGUCAGUCAUCUCUAAAAGUUGAACUCAGUUUCUUUCUAAAUUAAUUUAAAUAUUUCAGUCUUUUUUGUCACUUCAAAGACUAUAGCUGCCUCUUGACAAUCCUUUAUGUGGUUCCGGUCAGCCCAGUUUCCCGGCCAAUCAAGCCCAGUAGCACCAUGGUUUGUGAACCAGCUUUAAGUAAAUUUGGCAGCAUGAGCAAGUAACACGUCCUGCUGGAAAUCAAAUCAACAUCUCCAUAAAGUUUGUCAACAGAAGAAAACAUGAAACGCUCCAUAGUUUCUCUGUAGAUGGCUGAGUUCACUGUGAACAUAAAAUAAAAUAAAAAACAGUGGGCAAACAACAGCCGGUCCAUGAGAUCAUGGCUUGAUGCAACAUUUGUGACAUUUGUAGCCCAUGUGCUGAGAUUCGUCUUAAGAUUUUUGCUUGACAAUCCUCCUAGGACUGCGGUUAUCUGUUGAUGGUGCACCUUUUCCUACCAAACUUUUUCCUUCCAUUCAGUUUUCUUGUGGAAGGUGUAUGAAGGAAAAUCUUCCCUAUGACUAUGUCUACUGAUGCAGACUGAGGAAUCAAUUACAGCAAAGGCAUGGGAACCAUUUGCAUGUGACUCAAUCAGCUGGUUAGGGUGCGACACCAGGAGAUUCCAUUUUUUUUUUAGAUUUUUACCAUAUUCGAAUGUUCUGUUUCAGAAUUUGGAUUAUAAUCUGAUAGCCUCAAUCAUAAAAAAAAAUGAUUUAAAGUAUUAAAGAUGUGAAAUACUCAACCUGAUGUGUUGUGAAAAUAUUCACUCUUUUAAAUGAGUGACAUGAAAUGUUGAACUUUUACGGAUGAGUUUCACCAGUUCAGUGUCAUCUAGUUUUAAAAACAAAAACUGGGUUGAUAGGUUUAAAUUCAAUGAGUAUCACCAAACAGUGUCAGUUAUGCAUGCAAGUUAAAAUGCUUCAUGCACCUUGUCUGAUAUCUGUGUAGAUGUUCUUUACAAAAAUGCCCAGAAAUCACCAAGCAUUGGGCAUUACUCUGGUUAAGGCUCCGAAAUAUAUCUAAAGUGUUUUAUCGAUACAAUAUUUAUUUGACAAAGGAAUGAUAGAGGUGCAUCUACUGUGGACUGAUAUAUUCCAAGAGGUUUGAACUUGCAUUUGUCCUCUUAAUUUAACUCUUAGCCUGUAGGAUGGAUUUUUUCCUAUGCUGUAAGGUUAGAUGAAACAUGGACAAAACUGGGUGAGAAUAUGCUGUUUAGAUAAACACUGACAUUGCUAUUAAGAAGAGUGCUUUCUCUUUAACUUGCUAAAAACAUUUAAACGAAUAUUAGAGAAGGAACAUGUAUAUCUGAAUUUUAAAUGUAUAAAUCUAACCUUAUAUGUCCAAAAAUUAUCUAGGAUCUGUGCCCAAAAUGAAUGUAUUUAAACUUCUGAUUCAUACUGCAAAUCAGGAAAAAUAAAAACAAAUUAUUUAAAACGAUGACCGUAACAUAAAUGUGCAGUAGAAUAUUGUUGUUUCUGUGUCUAAAGAUGGUUUUAAAAAGAGCCCUAACCAUCGCAAAUGAAGAGUAGGCUAAUAUUAAGAUGCGCAGCAUAGAAACCAAAGGUUUACUAAAAUAACACAGGCAGAAGUGACAUUAACUUUUAAAAGGGGGAUAAAAGCACUUGUUAAUGUUUGGGUGUUUCUUGAAGAGAAAUGUUUUUGUUUUUUCCUGUUUAUUCUGUUGUAAUAAAAAAGGUUGAUGAGACGUUCAUGUAUAUAUAUUCUGCUGGAGGUCACUUAACUGGCUCAUCUUUCUGAUUCACCUGUGUUCUUUCCCUGAACAGUUUGUGAACAGUCAGACAUGUUGGGAAGGGACAUUUGUUCAAGCACUGGCCUAUUUUCUUGAUCAUUCGUCUUUGUGUUUCCCUGUCUGCCCUCACUGCAUCACACCACACAAUCUAAAGCUCUAACCACAUAUCUAGAACAGAGAUGAAAAACCAGUAAAAAGUGCUUUUAAAGUUUAUUCCAUUGCUUUCAGAUGUGCCACUCUGUGUCUGUUAGGAUGUUUAAAUUAUUUUAUGAAUGAUUAAAUGCCAAAUUAAGGGGUUAUUUGUAUGGAGGUAUAUAUAAAUAAAUAUAUAUUAUAUAUAUUAGAUAAUGUGUAGUUUAAGAUUAUUAUGUUAGAAGCUUUUUUGCACUAGUUGUUUCUGUUAUGUGAAAAAAUGUAACAUUUGGAUCUUGAGUUUGUUCUAAACUAAGAAAAAAAGCAGAUUAUUUUUGCAGAGCAACAUCCCCGGUUUCAUUCUUUUCUUUGUUUUCUAUUUGAAUUGUAGCUUGUCAACAGACAUUCAGUGUGUGUUUUUGUAUUUAUAUUGUACUGUUGGACUUAUAGCAUUGACUAUACUGUUGUUAUCCAGCUCCUUUAAUACUGUUUUAUAGUACGUGUAUCAAUAAAUCCAGGUGUAAAAAUGGGACAUCAA